AUGAACAAGACUGGGAAAACUGGGGAGUCUGUUGACUAUGAGAAUGAGUUAUGGUCAGUCAAUCCCCAGGAGCAAGUAGACUUCAGAGCCAGUGUGGCCCGGCUGCAGGCUGAGGAGGCUGCCUGCCGCCACCAGCUGGCCAGCUGCUCGGACGCUGGUCGGCGUGCACUCUUGCUCAACCGGCUGGGCCAGCUGCUCUAUGGCCAGGUGCGGUUUGACGAGGCGUCGGCGGCUUACACGGAGGCGCUGAGUGAGGACCCGCACCUCGCGGCGGCCGCACACAAUCGGGCCACCAUCAGCUACAGGAUGGGGUACCUUGCCGAGGCGGAGCGGGACCUGCUGGCGGCUCAGCGGCUGCAGCCGGACAACGUCGAGGUGGCCACCGGCCUGGCGGAGGUGCGCCGCCUGCUGGUCGCCGGCGGAUCGGCCGGCCGGCGCGACCGCAGCGCGCGGGGGCCGGUCGCCGUGGAGGACUAA